AUGGGUGUGAUAAGAACAACACAUGUCGCCGGAACCGGGCCGCAGCCCGUCAGGGGCCAGACAGUCACCAUCGCAUACACUGGUUGGCUCAAGGACAUGAGCAAGCCAGACAAUAAGGGGGAACAAGGCGACUUUGUCACCCAGAUCGGAGUCGGGAGGCUUAUCAGGGGCUGGGAUGAGGCCGUCUUGGACAUGAAAGUCGGUGAGCAAGCGACUCUUGAUAUUACCAGUGACUAUGGCUAUGGAGAAAAGGGUUUCCAUGGCCACAUCCCGCCCAAUGCGGACUUGAUAUUUGACGUCCAUCUGAAGGCCGUUCAAUGA